CUCGUUCCUUUUACAAACCACGGUCUUUAUAUAAUUGGUGCUAAAGCAAGGUAUUCCUUUCAUUUUUAUAUAAUUAUGUGUUGUACUGUAGCUUUAACAAAAAUAUUUCAGUAAUCAAACAUCUUCCGCCAUCAACCCCUAGGUUUUUUCUUAUCUCUGGUAGCUACAUUAAAAACCUGUAGGAGAUAACCGAUUAGUCGGUUCGAGAUUGAAGAUCGCUGCAUGAAAAAACUAAAGGAGAUGGAACCAAUUCCUCCGUUCGAGAAGGAGGAUUUCGUAUGCCAGACCUGUGGUGAUGAAGGUUUCACCAAUGCCUUUGUUUACUGCGUGAAGUGCUUGGAAUUUGUCAUUCACAGAUACUGCUUAAAGGUAAUACCUAAGACAUUCACUGAGUGUGUCAUUUGGUAUUGUGAAAGUUGCAAACCACCAGUUCAAAAUCAAGUCACUUCACCCCAGAAAAAUGAAGUAAAGAAAAACAUCGAUCCAAUAUGCAGUGAAAGUUCAUCCUCAGAUUCCGAUUCAAGUUCCAGUUGUUCCAAUAUGAAUGAAUUUGAUGAAUGGGAAGCACGGAUUGCUCAACAAAAUCAACACAUUAAUAGGAUCAUUGAUGACAUGAUCAUAAGCUAUCCCAGUCUGAUCCUAGGAGGAGAUAACCCUUUUAGGUCUUCUUGUGAUGGUGAAAACUGCAAAACAACAGAGUCAAAGGAGGUUCUUCAUCAUAAGAAGAAGAAAGAAAAGAAAGAAAGGGAUAUUAUUAUUGCUUCUUUAAUAGCAGAGACAAAGGAGGUUCUUUUUCACCCUUUACCAGAGAAAAACCUUACAAACAAGAAAAAAGAACAUAAUGUUUCUCAAUUGCCAAACUUUGAGAACAAUGUACAAGAACAAGACAAUUAUUAUAAACAUGCACAACCAAUCCUCGAUCCAGUAUGGAGGGGUAGCUUCAAGGUCCUUGGGACAGAUUAUGAUGAUUUAUUUGAAGGAUUUGUGGGACAUUUAUCAAACAAAGCUUGUGGUAAAGUCUGUGAAGAAGCAAAUAUGAUGCCAUCAUUGCUUAUUCUUCAAAUGCAUCCCAAGACUCUUCUUUGGCCAAAGAGUUUCCAUGAAUGUGAUCCAUCUGAUGAUCAUGUAGCCCUCUAUUUUUUUCCAGGAGACCCCAUAAACGAAAGGGCUUUUGAUCAGCUGGUGCUAGACAUGAUGGAUGAAGAGCUUGCAAUGCGAGGCGAAGUGAAAAAUGCAGACCUUUUGAUUUUCACUUCUGCUGCUCUCCCUCCGUUUUUCAGGAGUGAGUUGUACUGUGUUUGA